AUGGCCCUGCGCUCCUGGACCCCGGACAAGGGGUUUAUCAGCAAGAAAGUAAAGCAGCCGGCCUCCGUCGCCACCAGCCUCUCCCUGGAGAUAUGCAGCUUCCCCGCCACUCUGGGCUCGUCCGUAGCGGCCGCCGCGUUAGAGCAGCUCUUAGUUGUGGAAAAAUCUCUGCAAGGUGACUAUUUCACUUGCAAUGAAGAAGUUAAAACCUUCCUUAAGAACAUUAUUGUUGCUGUCAAAAAACUGGAAGAAAUGAGAAAAGAGACAGUCGAGCUUCUGGAAAUUGAAAGUAUAGAGCUGAGCAGACUCUAUUUUCUGCUGGAGACUGUGCCCAACAGCAUCAACAGGGAGCUGGAAGAAUGUGUCAGAGAUGCUCGCAGACUCAACAUUUUCGAGCUAAAUCAAAUGAGAAUCAAGAUAGGAAGGAUGGAUAACAAAGUAGAGUGUCUAAAGAAGGAAAUCCUUGAUCUGGAGGAAGUGAAUGAAGCUCUGGGGGUAAAGCAAGCAGAGCUGGCAAAGCAGCAUGCCAAGUUUGUCCUGAUGCUCAACCAAACCCUGGAAGAGAAAGCCACAGCUACCAUUUACAUAAACAACACCUACACCAGGAUAAACUUUGAGAGAGAAGAGACUUCACUGCAAAAGCAAUGUCUGCGGGAGACAAAUGAGUUAAUGGAAAGGCAUAAAGUGGAGUAUUUUGAGAAGAAAAAUGGGUUAGCUGCCCAGAUGAAAGAGUUUAAGCAAAGCUGUGAAGCCAGGAGAAAAGAGACGUACAGUAAGAAGAAAGAAUUGACCAGGUUGCAAAACAGAAUAAUAAGAAUGAAGCAAACGGUUACUACCAGCACAGUGAUGCUUAGUGACCACAAUUUAGGGAUGUCCCGGCUGCAGGAAUCAUUAAGCAUAUGGGAGAGAAAGGUAGAAGACAUGAAGAGAGUUUGCACAAGUCUGGAGGAGAAGCUGUCAUUUUUUCAGUCUCACAGGGAAGUCCUGGAUGGUACAUCUACUUUGAAGAAGACUGGGUACUUGAAUAAGAUACAGCAGGUGGGGGAAAAACUGCACAAAGCUGAAAUGGAGAACAUGGAACUCCGAGAGACUCUGCACUCACGCCUCAGACAGUAUAAGAUGGUCACGGAGGAGGAAGAUAAAGCGUACCUCCAGAAACAGAAGGUCUAUGAUGAAAAUCAGAAACUGAUCGCGCUCAUUAAUCAGAAAGAAAACGUCCUAGCACAGAGAAAAGUCGACAUCAAAAACAUGGAAGAAGGAUUUGAAACCCUGCAGAACCUUUACGAAGCAACAAAGGAAGUGUAUCGGAAACAAGUAAAAAUCUUGUGCGAUAAUCUAGAAAAAGAACUCCAGAGGAGUGUCAUUGCUCAGUGGAAAAUAGUCUGCACGCGAAAAAGGCACGCACGCUGGCUGCUUAAGAUAAAGGUGGCCAUGCGAAAGAUCAUCGCUAAAAUUGAGGAAUCAGAAGAGAGGCGAACUGAAUUGCUUAAAGAGACAAAACAAAGAGAAGAGGAGAUCCGUAACUUUGUGAAAGAAAUCGAGAAACUUAAACUGAAAUUAGUAGAAGAAGAAAAGGAAUUUGUCAAAAAAGAAAAAAAGUUAAUGAAAGAAUUAAGCAAAUAUGAGGAUCUAAUUAUUAGAGAAGUGCAGAUUAGCAAAGAAAAGGAGGAAGAGCUAGAGGACACCAUCCCCUACCUUCAGGUAGCAGAGGAGGAAUACAAAGAAAAGAACAGGAACCUCAAGUCCCUCCACAGUGAUAUUUCAGCGAAGAAGCAAGAGGAGUAUUUAUUGAGCAACUACAUUUUCCGCCUUAGGAAAGAUAUCAUCCGAUACAUGGACAACACGGACAGUUUGAAGACAGAAUUAAAACAUUUACGAGAUAUCGAAAGUAAAAAAACCAAAGAGCAUUUUGAAAUUCUAAAGAACUUAGAAAACGAAGUCUAUGUAAAUGACCAGAAGGCAACCCUUCUCAUCCUGGAAAACAAAAAAUUAAGAGAACAUCUUGCCUACCUGAAGAAACAAACCAAGAUAUACAUAGAAAGGCAGCAAACAACCGUGCAGGAGUCAGGGAACCUGUCUUGGGAACUGAUAGCUCAGCACAAACACUAUUCAGAUUUCUUGGCACAAUUUCAGAUCAAUAUUCAGGAACUGGUGAACACUGGAGCAGACACCUUUCAAGAAAUUAAGACUUUAAUAGAGAAGCUACAAUACAGGGAUAAGAGGAUCGAGGCCAUUAGUGCCUGGCUGCUGGGCAGCAUCGAACGGCUGCGUCUUCUUAUGCUGGAGGAAUCACCGUCUGAACUUCGUCCUAAUCAGUACUCCGACAAAUUAGGUAACGUAGAACUUCCUGCUACCUUGUAGUAGCUAGUGACAUCAAAAUAAGGGGCUCCUCAGAGACUGGUCACCAAAAGGCGGGGAAGGACUGUGCUCACUGGUGUUGAGCAUCCCACCAAACACAGGUACUCACCUUGGGUUGAGGUUGUUAGAAUCCUCUCUCAGUUCUUUCUUUUGCUUAGGAUAGUUUUCAAGCGAACUCAUCUCAAAUCUUCUUCUUCAUUAUAAAAAUCGAAACC